AUGGCACUAAAAUUUUUUCCAACUCUAUGGAAUGAAAUGAUAGUUAGUGGGAAUAGAAAACAUUUUCAUGCACGAUAUUGUUUUUCAAAGGGACACACAAGAAAGGAGUUGGAAAAACCUCAUUACAACAGCAAGUUUUUCCACAAAGUCUUGGAAAUUGUAUCAAGUUUUAAGGCUUGGACACAAAAGAAGUAUACAUUAUGCGUCUACUUGACAGGAAGAAAUCAAUUCAAAAUUUUAACAAUUGGCUUUGGGUUUCUUGUUCCAUUAAAUCAACAAAAUCACAUCCCUGUUGCAUUGUGUGGUCACCGAAAUGAAUGA